GGCCUCUUUCGGCGCCAGGAGGCGGUCACUGGAUCUGAGCUUGGGGGUCUGAGGCGAGCGAGGGGCCAUGAGGACAACGAGGGAGUCUAAAGCCCGCUGCCCGGCACUCCUCCCUCGCACAGCGGCGACUCGGCGGCCGCUGGAGUAACCGCUGCCUUUGUUCCGAGCGCCUGUCCCUCCCGUCGCCCUAGCCUCUCACUCCGCCGCGCUCCGGCCGGCCCGCCCUCGGUCCCCGAACCCCCAUUCGGCUCGUGCCGCGCGGAUGCGGCUGACGGGCCUGGGUUUGGGCUUUGAGCUGGAGGAGGAGGAGGAGCGGCGGCACCUGGGCGGCAUGCAAUGGGGAACUGCUGCUGGACGCAGUGCUUCGGGAUCCUCCGCAAGGAAGCUGGGCGGCUGCAGCGAGUAGGCGGAGGCGGAGGAUCCAAGUAUUUUAGAACAUGCUCAAGAGGUGAGCACUUAACUAUAGAGUUUGAGAAUCUAGUAGAAAGUGAUGAAGGGGAAAGCCCAGGCAGCAAUCAUAGGCCUCUUACUGAGGAAGAAAUUGUUGACCUAAGAGAGAAGCAUUAUGAUUCUAUUGUUGAAAAACAGAAAGAUCUUGAUAUGAAAAUCCAAAAAGAGUUAGCCUUACAAGAAGAGAAGUUAAGACUAGAAGAAGAAGCUUUAUACGCUGCACAGCGUGAAGCAGCCAGGGCAGCAAAGCAGCGAAAGCUCUUGGAGCAAGAAAGACAGAGAGUUGUGCAGCAAUACCAUCCUUCAAACAAUGGAGAAUAUCAAAGUUCAGGACCAGAAGAUGACUUUGAAUCUUGUUUGAGAAAUAUAAAGUCACAGUAUGAAGUUUUUCGAAGUAGUAGACUCUCAUCAGAUGCCACAGUUUUGACACCAAAUACAGAAAGCAGUUGUGAUUUAAUGACCAAAACUAAGUCAACUAGUGGAAAUGAUGACAGCACAUCUUUAGAUCUAGAAUGGGAAGAUGAAGAAGGAAUGAAUCGAAUGCUUCCAAUGAGAGAACGUUCCAAAACAGAGGAAGACAUUCUCCAGGCAGCACUUAAGUAUAGCAGCAAGAAGACUGGAAGUAAUCCUACAUCAGCCUCUGAUGAUUCCAACGGGCUGGAGUGGGAGAAUGAUUUUGUUAGUGCCGAAAUGGAUGAUAAUGGCAAUUCCGAGUAUUCUGGAUUUGUAAAUCCUGUAUUAGAACUGUCUGAUUCUGGCCUAAAGCAAUAUGAUGUGGAUCAACAAAAACGAUAGGGAAAGAUUAUGUGAUCUUGUUUAUCAGUUAUGACCAAAUGUUUAAAACCAACUAGAAUGUAUAAAUGGUUGUGCUGAGCUUUUUGUAAGAGGGGAAGUAAGAAACAUGUUAUAAAUGCUUAUUAGAAGGGAAUAGGAAUGAUAGGUUAUAUCUGAAUUGCUUCAGAAUUAAGUGCAAUUUCAUCAUCUGCCUUCUGCUUUUCAAAAACAAUUUAAUGGUUCUGUCAUGUUAUUAAUUAAAUUUCUUUAACUCUUUUCUUCA